CUCUCUUCCAACAAAAUAAAAAAUAAAAAAUAAAAAUUUCUCCCUCCCUCUCUCACGCCGUCUCGUCGCCGCGAAACAGCCGCCAUAGAGUUGGGAUCGAAAAGGACUACCGAGGGAAAUUAAUUUCUCUAAAAUCUGAGGUAUAAGUUGGGAGAAUUGAGAACCGAUCAAACGGAACCGGAACCGUGCCCACCCCACCUCUACUGGUACCCGACGACGACUCAAAGCUAAUAACUUGCUCAUAUAUAUACACACACACACACAUAAAAGCUGAAGCAGAGCCGUCUAUACCAAUGACUCCGAGUUUCGUAUUUGAACCCCCAAGCGAUGAAGAAUAUUCCGAUGAAGAGCAAGGUGUUGGCGAUGGCAAUUUUCAAUCCUCAUGGGACUUCGCAUCUUACUCUGAAAUAGUCUCCCAAGAACAUGCCCAUGGAAGCACCACCUCUGUCAAUUUCAAAAUUAAGAAAGCUUUGCAGCAGCAACCAAUCUCACACCAUAAAACUGCUGACGAAGACAACGAAUCCAACAAACAAGAAGAUUGUAAUCAGCUAGAUUCCGGUGAUGAAGAAGACCAGGAGGAAGCUUUUAAUGAUGACGAUGCUCUAGGAGAUGGCAAUACUAAUAGUAAGCCAUUGAUUCGGAUUUGCGAUAAGUUGGACCAUGCGAAGCCCACUCCAAUUCAGACUGAAGACAAAGACAAUGAGGAAGGCGAUGAUGCUCCUCCUAAUGCUGCCGAUGACAAUAAUAAGCCCUUUUUUGCCCCAUCAGAGGGAGUUUCGUUUCAUGCAAAUUCAUUUAUGGAGUUGAACUUGUCUCGCCCUUUGCUUCGCGCUUUAGAGAAAUUGGGCCAUACCAAACCCACUCCAAUUCAGGCAGCAUGCAUACCAGUGGCCCUUGCUGGUCGUGACAUAUGUGGGAGUGCCAUUACUGGUUCCGGGAAGACGGGUGCUUUUGCGUUACCAACUUUGGAGAGACUGUUGUAUCGCCCCAAGCGGCUGCCAGCUAUAAGGGUCCUUGUUUUGACUCCGACAAGGGAACUCGGGGUUCAGGUUCUGAGUAUGAUUGAGAAACUUGCUCAGUUCAUGGAUAUCAGAUGUUGCCAGGCUAUUGGAGGGCUUCCAAUGAAGGAACAAGAGAUAGCCUUGAGAUCAAAGCCAGAUAUUGUUGUAGCUACUCCAGGACGCAUUAUAGAUCAUUUACACAAUUCUAUGUCUGUGGAUUUGGAAGAUCUUGCUGUUCUAAUUCUUGACGAGGCUGAUCGACUUUUAGAGAUUGGGUUUAGUGCUGAAAUUCGCGAGCUGAUUCGUCUAUGCCCCAAAAGGAGACAGACCAUGCUUUUUUCAGCUACGAUGACUACUGAAGUUGAUGAACUUGUCAAGCUUUCUCUUACCAAACCACUACGUCUCUCAGCCGACCCAUCUGCUAAACGGCCAGUGGCACUAACGGAGGAGGUGGUCAGGAUACGACGAAUGCGUGAAGUAAAUAAGGAAGCAGUUCUACUUGCACUGUGUUCGAAGACAUUCACUUCUAGAGUGAUCAUUUUCAGUGGCACAAAAGUAGCUGCGCAUAGGUUGACGAUAUUAUUUGGGUUAGCUGGCUUAAAAGCUGCUGAGUUUCAUGCAAACCUUUCUCAACCGCAGCGCCUACAUGCUUUGGAACUCUUUCGGAAGAAGGAAGUUGAUUUUUUGAUUUCAACUGAAUUGAUUGCCCGUGGCAUUGACAUAGAUGGUGUUCUGACUGUUAUCAACUAUGACUGUCCUACAAAUCUUUCAAGCUAUGUUCAUCGAGUGGGACGUACAGCAAGGGCUGGCAGAGAUGGAUAUGCUGUAACUUUUGUGACAGAUAAUGACCGGCCUCUUUUAAAAUCCAUUGAAAAAAGGGUUGGUUCCAAACUGAAGAGUCCAAUUGUUGCUGAACAAUCAAUUACCAAGUGGUCCCGGGUUAUUGAGGAAAUGGAAGAUCAAGUGGCUGCAAUUCUUCUAGAGGAAAGGGAAGAACAAGCACUAAGAGAUGCUGAAAGGGAAGUAACAAAGGCAGAGAAUAUGAUAUUACACAAAGAUGAAAUUUUUUCACGCCCGAAGAAGUCCUGGUUUCAGUCAGAAAAUGAUAAGAAGAAGGUAGUGCACGCAGCGAAGGCAUCGCUUGGAAGAGAAAAGCGUUGUGGAAAUGAUGUAAUCAGUGCUCAGCAAGCCGAAGACAUAAAAAUGAAAGAAAAGAGGAAGCGGGAGCGUGAGAAAAAUUUGCCUCGCAAGAUACGCCGGAAAUUGGAAGCAGCUAGAGAAAUGUUAGAGGAUGAAAAUCAGCUCAAAGGCAGUGAGAAGUUUAAAGAGAAGACAGGAAUGCCACUUGUUGACCUUGCUUACAGACGGGCAAAAGCCAUGAAGGCUGCACAAAAAACAACAGAUGCUGGCAAGACUUUGAAGAAGUCUAGCAAGAGAUGUAAUCUUCCUCCGCAAAGAACUCAGUCUAGGACAGAUGAAAUGCGGGACCUGUUCCACAGUGACAUAACUGAAAGGAAGCAUAACAGAAAGCUUGGUGGAGCGGGAAUGAAAAAGUCCAAGAGUUCCUUCAAGAGCAAUUCAAGGUGCAAACGAAGAUGAAGGAGCACAAGAAGCAUCUGUUGUGGAUGCUCAAGUGUAAUGGAGAGCUAUAUUAUGAUGCAUAUCUAUCUAAUAUAUUAUCCUUUGUUGGAGAGAGGAUUAUAAAGUCUAUUUAUUUUGGACAUGGAUUUCGUAUUUAUGUUCCAACUUGAAAAGUCAUCUCAUGUAUUUUGUUUUAUUUUUUGGGUCUUGAAUUAUGAGAUGCAAAAUUUGUCAGAUCCCAAGAACCAGUGUUUUCCGAGGAUUCGGAUUGAUAAUGCUUGCUUUAGGCCAUGUCUGGCAUGCCGUAAUACACCGGCGAUGCUUGGGAUAUGAACAGGGGUUUCAAAAAGUCGAUGUUGAUCUGGAGAGGAAUCGGCUUAUUGCCGCAACUCUGCCCGUGAGACUUUGGACCUCCCUCACUGUCCUGGGGGAUUGCAUCCAAAUGUAAUGCAGCUGGUUCAGUUUUUUACAUUAUGUUUACAUUUAGAUUAUGACAUUGCAAUGCUUCUUGGUUCUGUUUUUA